CUCCAUUGCCACGAGGAAGACGUGCAAUCACCUACAUGACACCCACUUGCCCGAAAUCUUCCGCACAGAUUUCUCCCAGACGAACCGAUUGACCCCCAUUACUAAUAUAAUACAACCAAUCCAAGAAGACAUUUUUAUCUUCAGGGGCAUGGGGAGUACUACUAUUCGGCCGGGUCACAGACCUUCAAGGUCUCUCAGUGGGAUUCGAACCGCGUUCGCACCGUUAGCGAUGCCUCCUCACGCCACAGAUUUCAAUACUAUGGCAUCUGAUUAUUCUCCAAGGCUCCGAUUCUGCAAAAGAGUAAGUUCGACCUCCAUGUUUCCAAGCAAAGGUCCCGGGUUCGAAUCGCAGGAGCCCACCUCGCCCCAGGUCACUUGUACUGGCCAUAUUAAAAGGAAACCGCACUGGGCAAAGGCGUCUAAGCAAGAAGCAGCAGCAAAGCCCACCAAGGAAACGAGUGAUUAUAAUAAGAAGAUCUCCAAGCUGAAGAAAUUGAUGCUGGGUAGACACCACAAUUCUAAAAAUAGUAAACCGACAGAGGAUGAUGGAGGAAAAUGUCAGCCUUCUUUGGGUGCAAUUAAACGCUACACUUCGGGUUCUUAUGAGGCUAAAUUUGGCGGCUUGUUUGUGGAGGAUGGCCCAAUCGUCGCUAAUUUGGAGGCAGUGCCGAAAGAGAUGGGUGAGAUUAGUAUUUGGUAGAGCGGAGAUGUGAAUUGUAUGAUCAGAGUUGAGAGAUUUGGCUGAGAAAAUCGCUGUCCAUGUGACCGUGGGUGCUAAUGCUGGGCUUCUGUUUGAAUUGGGAUGAUUAUAUAAGAGAUUCGGUCUCUUCAGAGAAUAUGGAAAAUAUAGUUGGCCCUGAAGAAUGUAUGCUGUGACCAAAAUGUUUUAAGGAAAUUCAGGAGAAAUGUGUACUGGAAAUUCAAGGCCUCAAAUGUAGUUUGUUUUCUCUAAGGUCUCCGUAUCAUGGCUUUGGUAUUUUCUUUAAAUAGAUAUAUUCAAAAGUUUUACA